AUGCUUCUGCUGUCGCUGUUGCGACCAAGCUGCAGUGCAUCGGUGCGACAUCAAGUCCGGCUGGAGCUGCUGUUCGUUUGCCUGCCAGUGAUUGCUUCGACUGCUUAUUGCAUCUGUCAUUUUCAUGACGAUAGCCCGGUCCGUUUUCAAUAUAUUGCCUUCUUGCACCUUCUGGGGGCCAUGGUCUUGCUGCCUCUCGGCGUGUUGCUGUGGUGGGUCAACUCCUUGCACUUCGCAGCGCAUUAUUUGGAGGAUCCGCACUCGAGCAAUGCACUAUGCGAGUUGUUCAGCUGGCUGCCCUUGGUUGUGAUUUCUCCAAUGUUGGUGACUGGCAGCAUGCAGGACAUUGCCGACACAUUUGCGGACUUGUUUGCGAACAUGGCACUCUAUGUUCCUUUGCUGGAGGAACCUCUCCCACUCAUCGCUCGUUAUGCUGCCUACUGUCCGGUUGCAUUUGCAAGACUGGUGCACCUAAGCGUUGUGGAGGCGGGCUGUUGUCUUGCACUGACACCCUGCUUGAGGCGGCUACUUUUCCUGGCGAUUUGUUCAGGAAUGGCCGUGCAAAUCAGGCUGCGGUAUUUGCGCAGGAAAUCAACACCACUUACGCAAGAUUGUCUUGCAGAGUGCAGCAGCACUACUACUCUGCCUGUGUCAAUCUUUCGGCAGCGGCACCACCACAAGCAGAAGUUUGCGUCGCCUUGGAGCGAUCGGUUGGAAGGCUUGGCCGGUCGCAGGUGCCACCAGGUCUUUCUACGCAGGCAGCUCUACAAAGCGGAGCUCGAAGGGCGACUUUUCUGGGCAAUCCAUAUGCAUAGGCAUGCCACGCUAGAUGCUGAGGUGUUGGAUUAUGUGCUCUCCUUCCUGGAGGAGUUUGAAAGACCAGUCACCGACUACAUCGGCCUCUUACAGGAUGACACCAGGUCGAUGAUCUCAAGCACGAUGAAUGCAGCCUCGAGCUCUGCACGUGCGCUUUCAUCGCUCUCUUCGGUGACUUUCCUGCAUAGAGCACUGUCUAACAGAUGGUGGGUCGACUCCAAUCCGCCUCCGACGGCUUCCAACAGUACUGCGGACGUACACCCGCUUUGGCGGGCAUUCAAAGAAGUUGCCACACGGAUGGGACUCGGUGGUCUCUACCUGUCUCGUUCCGCACGAGACUGA